GUCCUUUUCGUAAAUCAUUUUCGCGUUAUUCUCUUAUAUACGUACUAGAAAUGGAUCUCAACUUUUUUAGUAAUCUCCAACAGUCUUUAGAACAAGAAGCCAAUAGAAAAGACGAAAUUCGUUCUACUGUCAAGGAACUUGAUAGAGCUUGUAGAAAAUUAAACGCGACCUUGAACCAAGUUCAUGCUGACCCUAAAGGACCAGUGCCUACUAUUGAUUUUACUGAAGUACGAGAAACACUGAAAGCACUUGCAAAGCUUAUUCCUGAAAAUGAGUUUUAUAAAUACAACGACUUAUGGUCUAGAACUACACAGCAGCUUGUGUUUGUUAUUGUAUUCAAGUCUUAUCUUGAAAAAAACGAAAUUGUGAAUAUCAUUCCUACUGUUGAAGAAACAUUGGAAGUGAAAGUGGACAUUCACAAUGAUUUGAAUGAGUUCCAUAUUCAAUUGGAAGAUAUUCUUCAUGCUUAUAUUUCGCUUAUCAAUGAAUUGUCCAGACUGUGUAUCAAUUCUGUUACUGUAGGUGAUUAUGAACGUCCUUUGAUCAUUUCCAGACAUGUCAAAGACUUGAGUGCAGGAUUCCAAAUCCUCAAUUUGAAGAACGAUAUGCUACGUAAAAGGUUUGACAGUAUAAAGUAUGAUGUGAAGAAGAUUGAAGAGGUUGUGUACGACAUCACUUUGCGUGGAUUGCACAAUCCCAGCAAGCGAUUGCCCGAUUCAAAUGGCGAAGAGGAAGAGAAAGAGCAAGUGAAAAAGAAAAAAAUCGAGGAACAAUAAGAGAUGAAGAGAUUCCUAAAAUAAACCAUAUGGUUCAUCUACUUUUAAUAUCAGACAGUCUAUUUCUUCCUUUACCUUCUAC